AUGUACGGGCUAGAGCAAGAUGCUAGGCGUGCUAACAUCGGGAGUUUUGACAUGGAUAUCGGCAUCUGCGGACGUGCGAUUGAUGGGGGCUUGCCAACGUUCACAGCAAAGACGGAAGUCGAGUGGCAGAAUGUUGUUGCCAGGCUUACAAGUCAAUUGCACCAGUAUCUGCUGUUAAGAGAGUAAUACGAUUGGUCAUUGCUGUGUUCUAUGUGGUAGUAGUGUCAGUGGAAGUUUUAGUAGUAGCCGGAAGAGAAGUAUCAGUAGUAGUAGCCAUCUCUUGGCUUUGAUGGCUGUCUGAAUAUUUUCUCUUAGAAGACGAGCUUUUAUGACUUUUUUCCUUUUUAUAGUUCGGCUAGUUGAGGUUCAGUACAAGGCUGCACCAGGUGUCCUCCAUUCUUUGAAGAAAGUUAAAAAGCCGAAAAAACGACCCGAAGGAAGAAAUGAAAAGGCAGUGCAAGAAGAGCGGCUGUUAAGCGCUCUUAGAAGCCACAUUACUUCUAAAGCAACCGAUUUUGACUUCGAAAGGACUGAGGAACAGAAGGAGCGCUUCAAAAGUUUUAAAGAAGGUUUUUAUUUUGAAUUAUUGUUUACUUUUAACCUUUAAUUUUCGUAUUCUCGGUCUUGAUCCCUCCACCUUAGCCUUCCAAUCAAAGUAAGACACAUACCAGAUGGAUAAAAUUCCGGAUUAAGUAUGUUUCAGAAAUUUCAAUAUAAGUAAGCUUGAUACAAAUGUGCUGUCUGCGUCAUUCAAAGGUAGAGAUACUGUAUAUGCUGUGGUUAAAUUUUAUCCUUGGUUUAAAUUUUCUUUUCUUUUCUUUCAAUCUCAUUGUCAUGCAUUAACAUAUCCAAAAACGAAGGAAAAUAGAAUUUAAACCAAGGAAUAAAUUGGACCACAACAUAUAUACCAACUGUAGUCAAUGUACAAGCCAUGUCCUGUUGAUAAACAUUAACAUACGUUAUUACUUCCCCCAGACGUCGCGUCACGGUUCCCGGGGUCCGAAGCUGUAAGUGAGCUUCAAAUUCGAUGCGGGAAAUGCCGUAGGGCGAGGAUGGUGAAUCGCCCGCGCUAUUCGAAACAUUUCGGUGAUAGUAAGUACUACAAUUUAUGUUUUUCACUUUUUGUGGGUCCAUCGGUGACAUAGGUCCACACGUUCUUUAUGCAGGAGUUACUCUCUACCCACAGUAAAGUCUGUAGAAGGAACGACCACUGAAACUGACAGAACACUUUACAUAGAUUAUUGACUCGAGUUUUGUAACUUUUUUUGAAGAGUAUUGGAAGAAAUUAACACCGGCUUAUAAAUGUAAACAUUUCUCGCAAAUAAGUUGAACCAAAGUCACAGAUUGCUUUUUAUAUUUCUUAUGAACCCUGUAAGUGUUAUAUGGAGUCUUGUAUAGUAUGCAUAUGCUUCGCACGUACACAUAAUAAAAUGUCACAUAUAAAUGUCUUUUAGGCCACUGGAAAAACUGUCAACCAGCCGUAAGAAGUGGUAACAUUUCAACCAUGUUUGCGUCCAUCUUCUCUAACCAGCAAGCGGCAUCUUCGGAAGCAAAUGACGAGCUUAAUGAUCUUAAUAUGUAAGUGAAGCCAAUGCUUCAUUGUCUUCAUGGCCGGCCAGCUAUUGAGCAAUCGUACAGAAAUAAGGAAUAUUGAUCAAUAUUGUUCUUCGAAGAGAGGCGAUAAUUGACUACUAAUGCUAUUUUCGUAUUGUUUAGGCUGAUUACUUAUUGACAAGUAGUCUCCUUUUUUUAUUUGUUUAAUUUAGCUUCCAAUAUGUUUGCUGUCAAAAAUUUGAGGUUGAGUUAGAAGGUUAUAACUAUAACGAAAAAUGAAAGUCAGCUUUGUAAAUAAUCGAGGAAACUGAUAUAAUAAAAAUGAAAAGUAAUAAACAAGCCAGUGUUGAGAUGUCUAUUUUCGUUGUUCAUAUUAUACAGGAGUGAAGUAGAGUGGGAAAACACACAAGAAACUAGCGACAGCGAAGAUAGUGAGGGCAGCGAGUACACGUUUCCAUGUCUGUAAGUUUUUGGCACUGUCUGGUUUAAAAUCUCCUGACUUCCUUUACUUCUGUUUACGGUGUGCAUCCCUAAAGCGUACAUUUAAGGUGUUUUACGUCAUUUGUAGUGCAGAAACCCUUCACAGUUCAUGUUUUUACGCGAGUAGGCGAUGGAAGGGAGUUUACGUCGGCAAUAGACGGUCAUAGACCGGCCGCUCACUAUAUUUACAGCUAAAACAACAUGAUGUGAUAUAAACUCAACAUAUUAACGUCUGUACUGGAUAAGCAUAUUUCGGCAAUGCACGGGAAUGACAGGACACACAACAGUCAUGAAUACGACAUUUUGCUUUUAGGGCUUUGGAAGAGCUUGAUCCUGUAGUCAUCAUGCUGCAACAGGAAAUAGAGUCAAAGAAACUCGAACGGAACCAUAUAUUCUACAGAUGUUUGAAGAAUGCUCUUGAAUUCGCACAGAAGUCAUCAAAUCCUCGUGAACAGUUUCAACAUGAUGGGACAAUUAAUACAUACAUGGAAACUCUGGAAUUUCACGGGAAACCAAAAACCAUGAAUUUAUUAAGGGGACCAGGGCACAGAAACCAAGGGCGUGGUGGGACAUUCCAGUUCAACUGGAAGGACUGGAACUUGCCCUUUAUACCUUCAAAGACCACAAGGGAUAAGAACAAGGCAGGCUACACCACCCGCAAUGGAAUCAUUAAAAGCCUUCUGAUUGCCUACCUCCUUCUUGCCCAACUUGAAGAUAGUGAGGUACAACCCCUUUUACAGAGUUCCAGUCUGCUCCUGAUACCUGCAGCGCUAGCUACUGAUGGUAUGAGCCUCAAACCUGGUUUGCAAUUUGAUCGGCGAUUGAAAGAACUUGUUGGACUACUGUUUCCUGUAACUUUAGCCUUUGCUAAAGAAAAUCCUUUGCCCGAUCCAAGUUUUCUUCGUGAUUCUUUCGUCGUCGAGGCGAAUGCUUUAGUUGUGACAGCACUUGACAAUAAGCUUUCUUUACCUGUUGGGAAUGACUACACCUCCAAGAAAACCAAUGGGGACGCGGUAAAGAAACGAAUAGAAACGCGUGUGAAACAGCUUCAAAUCUGCUUGCACUGCCUCCUGGGAGUUUCAACCGAAACUUGCAUGAAUGUCAUUGUUUCAUCAGGAGACGCUUGCAGUAGCUACUGUCAAGGUAGGAAAUAGAGCUAGGAAUCCUCAUUUGACAGUUAAACGCCAAAUCAUAUCGUAUACCUCCCAUUUUAAACGCCUCUUUCUUCGGAAAUUUCUUAUGUAACCUGAUUAAUACCAAAGAUCUUUAGAAAGUAGCAACCACAUAACUAGAAUCGAUAAAAGGAAAAGUGUUCACUCAAGUGGGCAGGAUCGACCUGUGUAUGAAAGAUUAAAAAAGCGACCUUGUUCGAUCUUGUGAUACAUGGUGGGGGACGUGCAUAAUAAUAUCUUUAAAGAAAGUCUAUGCACCUGCAAGGCUUCUAGCUAUUGCCGACAAAGUUUUAUACUUUCUGAACAUAAAAUAUCUUGUUUAUUAUUCAGAUUGCGCUUCAAACAACAGUAUCUGUCAAACUUGCCAAAGUAAUGGCCAGAAAUUUGUUGAAGAACCACUGCGAGCGUGUACUCGUUGCAUCAACUCCGGUAUCCAAUGUGUGAAAUUGUUGGUCUUAGCCUGGUCGGCGGAUUGCGAAGAAAACAACAAACAGGCUAUGCUUAAGCUGAUACAGGAAAAGACAGGUGGAACAUUCCCUCCAAAACUUCACUUUCUUCUUCCAAUUCCAGAGGCAACCCACGUGGCCAAAUGCUUAAAGGGCAGCUUUUCCAACUGGUUCCUGAACAAAGGCGGAGAACGAUUCAACCUUUCGAACCUAAGAACAUUGUACAAUGACCCCAACCCAGCGAUGCGAGAGAAGAUGAGAAGCGUUGUCACCUUGAGUGCAGUGCGAAAUCGAGACCGCAUGUCGGUCCCCGACCUGCUAACCAUCAACAAAGAGUCGGUGCGUGUGCUAUUGGCCAGUGUGCCACGCAUCACACAAACUCUCAUCCCCGAACCCUACCGUUUGUACAAAGGAAACGCGAGAGGUGUUGUCGACCAUCCAACCGGUCUUUGUAUAGCACCUGAAGGGAAGCUAUUUGUAGCCGACAACAGCAAAUCUCGGGUAUUCCAAGGUAGAUUGCACUACCCUGUUGACGUCAGUGAAGUAAGUGGCAGUUUGAUGAAUCCACAAGGUCUCGCCUACCUAAACAACGUCCUUUACGUCGCAGACAUGGGCAAUAAAAGAGUCGCAUAUCUUCCGCUAAGCUCCUCCGUAUUUCUUAAGCCCAACAGUAUGAAGGUUUCGGAGUUGAGACCAGCUCUAGAGGAAAGACAAAUUCCCACGGCUGGUCUUCAAAAGAAGGAUAUGGUUGCUCGCCUAAAAGAGUGGAUGACAAAGGCACAGCGAGAAAAUAAAGUUGACUGCACCAAAUUUUCUUCUCUUCCACUGAACACUGCACGUUCGACCCCACUUUCCACUCCCCUUGCUGUUUGUGGCUUUGGCACUGACCUGUUGUUUAUUUCGGAUUUGCACACGCAUCGAGUACUUCAAGUUUCUAUCACCAACAACGGAGCAGUCUUGAAAGGAAGUGUCAUCUCUGAGAUCCUUCUUAAAGACUCUGCUUUACCAUUAGGAAUUUCCGUUGCAACGGGAAAUCUUCUUGUGGCAGACUCAAGCGACGAGGGAGGAUUGCUACGCAUUGACCUUUCGACUAAUGCAGAGACAGUUUUAGUUUCAAACAAGUCGAGCAGCUGCCAGCGCAUUCACGGAAUCGCAGUUGAUGAGAACGGAGACUUGAUAUUCACGGACAGAGAUGCCCGAAAAUUGCGCUUGCUGUCCAACGGCACUGUGAAAGACAUUGCUGGUUCGGGAGUUAAUUCAUCUAAAGAUGGUUCAUCAAGUUCUUGCUCCUUUGAACAGCCCACAGCUGUUUGUAUUGAAGGGAAAACAAUCUACGUUGCUGAUACUGCUGUUGGACGCGUCUGCAUGGUGACCCCUACUUCAGCACUUUCACUCUACCUGGAACAAACUGAUACUGUUUGUAAAACGUUCGGUAUUCAUUUGCCUGGAAUCUCUCCGAACAUUUACAGUAUCUCUCAAGCCAUAGCUGCCUUCCGUGACGUAUCAUCACUCUUAAGCACCUGGGAGAGAGAGACAGCAGAAUCUCUUUGUCGAGCAUCUACCGUGCAAGGUCCCCAAGGUACACCCUCUUCAAAGAGCAUUCAGAGCGUCAAAGUCAUACUGGAAUCCCUUGGAAUACUGAAGGAAAGCCUGAGCUAUAUCAAUGCCGACUUCAUUUCUCAUGUGCGACUUGCAUCUUUACUAACACUUGUCGUGGAGCACCUUUUCAGUAAGAUGCGAUCGAGAAACCCUACACCGACGCUUCUUGAAUAUGCACAGCUCUUUGGUCCAACGAUGAAAGAGAACGUCAAGCAGUUGACCAAAUGCGGCUUUCAUUACUUCACUGCCUCCUCAUCAUUCUAUGAGCUCCCUGACGGUGGCAGUCUCCACUUUACUGAUGUUCCAGUCAUCCCGCAACUCCCGACAAAAUCCAUGCCCAUUGGAGAUCAGAAGGUUCUUCGUGACUGGCGUGACAAUUACGGCCAACCAGUUGCACAAGUGACCGUAAGAAAUCAAUCCACUAAGGACAACGUUGGAACUCUUCCACUUUACUCCUAUACCAGGCCGCAGCCCAUACCGCAACCACUGUCAUUCUCUUUCCCCACUGAGACCUCGUCCUCAAGGCAAGGCAGCUUGCACUCCAAUGUCUCCAAUGCUGAAUUGUUAUUUUCUUCGCAAACCGUUCUGGCCAUAAAACCAGGCCUUGUCGGCCUUACUGAAAGGACACUUAUUUCCACACCUUUUUAUCUUGGAGUUGCAGCUGAAGAUAUCUACCAAGACCAGCAUAGAGCUUAUUUGCCAAAGAUCAAUAUUUUUUAUCCCUCCGAACAAAACAUCUACCUUUUUGAAAGAAAUGAUCAAGUCGAUUUACCCAAGGAAGCUGUGGGAUUGGUACUUGAUGCCUUGACACCAGCGGCUAGCGAAGAAAUAAUACUGCCAGAAGAAAUUUACGAAGGAGUUGUCAGUGUUUUUAGAGAGACAAGGGAUCUGUGCAUUGAAGGUGAUGAAAGCAUAACAGAUUCUGUUGCAGAUGAAGCAGACUUCUCCGACGAUGAGCUAAACAGUGUGGUCUGUGUUGACUCUGUGACCCUGCCAACCAUCUCCACGUCUCGAGUCGGAAGAAAUAUCCGUCCACCGACCAGACUGGACUUGUAAUUACUGCAAAUAUCUAGAUUUGUAAUUACCUUAAAUAUCCACUGUUGGCGCAAACUGACAUUUUAUUUCACUGUACAUACGCACAUUAACGGGUCAUUAACUAUUUUCUCUGAUCCUUUGUUCAGACGAUCAGCAUGUAGUGUCUGUAGUAAGCCAGAGUUGCGCCAAUGUAUGACCUUAUGUAAUAAGUCCGUAAGACUGGGGAGAGUUGACAAAUGCGAGGCUACUGAGAUAGAGGUUGUUUACCAUUUACAAGGGAAAAUCGGUUGCUCAACAGUUUGUGUAAAUGGUAAGCAAAACUCCAGAAAGGGAAAUUCCGUUUGCGAAACGAGCUGAGUAACCACGCUUACGCAUCAAAACUGGCGUAGGGUCUGGAACUGGUAGAUAAAAAAGCAAAUGGUACACACAUUUCCGUUAGGAAAUUUCGGUUGGGAAUUUUGAACUACCUUUCAAGACGUUCCGUUUAUUUCGGAAAUUUUCCGGUUGGUCGAGCCAAAGUUGUCCAUUGUCUUACCAUUUACAUUCUGACCGAAAUUUCCGGAAUUUUUGGGUAAAUGGUAAACAACCAGACUCCGUGAAGCGCAUCUGUGACAUCUGUAUGGAAGAAUAGUUACAAUAUCGGCACUCAGUAUCACAAUUAGCUAUCAGUGCAGCAGUUUUAAUCAAG